UUUUGCUGGUUAAGGGUAAAUGUUUAAAACAGAGAAAAUUUGAGGGCCUUUUUUUGCAAUAUUACCAAUAUCAAAACCCCUAACUACAUGCUCCUCCGCCGCCAAAUCCUAAACGGCCGAAGCCAAGUUUCGCCGCAAAAGUUUUGAACGCAAAUCUUCGUCUUCUCCUUCAUCAAUCUAAUUUAGGGUUUCCUUUAUCCCUCGCAAAGUUUCUUCCUUUCUUCUCUUUCUAAGUCAUUUCAAUUACAAUGACUACGAUGCUCUGCAAGCAGUGCGACAACGAAGCCUUUGACGAAGGAGACGACGGGUUUAUCUACUGCCAACGAUGCGGUGUUAUGGUUGAUGAUAUAAUCCAAACCGGCGUCGACGACGGAGAUCUCAUCGGUGAAGGUGGAGAUACCCAAGGCGCAACGUAUAACUUCGCACAUCGCCGUAUACCACACCUAAUCACUCCUUCACAGCCUCGUUACACAGAUGAAACAGUUCGUUACUCUCAGUUUCGAUCUCAGCUCGAAUCCUUGAGCCAAGUUCCCAAAUCCGGACUCGAGAAGAAGGAUUUGUUCCGUGAAGUGAAGAGAGAGCCUGAGAGCUAUCCCGAGGAUGAGCCUGGGGAUUUUGGAGCAGAGCCUUUGAGUUACGAGGAUUAUUACGAUGAGGCUAGAGAUAGAUAUGUUAAAGCUUUUAUGAUGAUGGUUACUUGUCAAUGUGAUGCUUUGGUUGACAAGUUCAAUGUCACUCCUUUGAUUGUUGGUUUGGUUGGACCUAUCUGUUUACGUUACGUUGCUCUCUCUGGCGUCUACGAUGAUGAUUGGGCUGAUAACGCCAUUCGUGACUCCGAGCGUCAAUCAGAAGAUGGUGGUGAGUUGAAAGAUGCUAAGCGGCCUAAAACACACAGAGCCGAGCCUCGUAACUUAGAUGGUAAAAGAGCAGUGACGAUAUGGGUUGGUAUGCUUAAAAAGACUCUGCCUUUAUCGAGAUCUUUGGCUAUAUCUUUCCUUGCUUGUCAUAAAGCGGGAGCGACUGUUCUACCCACGGACAUUGUGAGAUGGGCACGGGAAGGAAAGCUUCCGUAUUUGUCUUGUUUUCUUGAGAUUCGUGAGAAAAUGGGAGAGCGGUCAGCUGCGUGUCCUGUGAAAACGAGCAUAAUGGCUAGGCCUUUUCAGAUUGUUUCUGCUCAGAUAUUAGAAUCACGAGCUGCUUUGAUUGCUGAUUUGAUAGGUUUACCUUUGCCUCCUGUGAAUUUCUUUGGUAUAGCUUCGAACUAUCUAAAGCGUUUGUCUAUUCCUGAGGACAAGAUUUUUGAUCUGGUGCGUCUUAUACAGAACUGGUCAAUGCCUCCAGAGUUAUAUCUAUCUAAGAACGAGCUGAAGCUUCCUACCCGUGUGUGUGUCAUGUCUAUACUGAUUGUAGCUAUACGGAUGCUUUAUAACAUUAAUGGUUUUGGUGUAUGGGAACGGAGUUUGGGGUUAGUUAAUGCUAGUGAGGAGGAUAUCGUUUCUGACGAGUUUGAUUCUCCGGUUCAUGAUGAGGAUGUUUCAGAGACAAAUUUGGCUGAUGCAGAGUCAUCGGAUGUAACGAAAGCAACCAAAUUUGAUACAGAGGAGCUUCUUAAGAACCUUGAAGCGAAAUAUUAUGAGGUCGCUGCUUCAGAAACCCUUGAAUCCGAGAGGGAUCUGUUGUCAUAUUUAUCAAUUGGGAAAAACGAGUUCUUCGCUGGUUUAGAAGAAGAUUUACCUAAUGAUACAUACAGAACUGUUGAUAACUUGUGGAAUAGUUAUCCAAAAGACGAGGAAUUAGAUCGGUUUAGGACUCCAUCCAAGAGGGGAAGAGAUGGGGAAGAUGAUCUAUCACUUAACCAACUUUCUAUAGAUGGUAGCAGUCCUUCAAGGAGAAACGAAAGUGUAUCAAUGGAUACUGAUCUAUCUUCAGAACACCAAGUUUCAUCAUCACCGGAGAAUCAUCAUCAAGAGGAGACAAUAAAGGAGAGAGCUAUAAAAAGACUAACUACAGACAUGGGAGAGAACUUGUUCUGUUACAUACCACCUCGUGUGAAGAUAAAGAGACUAGACUAUCUUCAAUAUGUGAGGAAAAAGGAAGAUGGAGCAUUGAUAUAUGCGGCUCACGCGGAUUACUACAUUCUUUUGCGGGCUUGUGCUAAGGUUGCUGAGGUUGAUGUUAGGAAUAUGCAUAGAGGUGUGUUGAACUUUGAGAAGAGAUUGGCUUGGAUUGAGAAAAGGAUAGAUCAGGUUGUACAUCUAACUCCACCUUUUAUGAAAUGUGACAACUGUUGUGAUGGUGAGAAUGUUGGUGAAGAACAAGAUGAUUCAUACACUAACACAUCAAGAUGAUACACUUUGUUCAUAAAUUUUUUUGUAAUAUGUUAUAUAGAAAUAUUUGUAACUUUAUAAAUCCAAUUAAUCCAAUUUUUGUGGU